AGGAAGCCUCCAUUUUAUUAGGGGGCCAAAAAAAAAAAAAAACUCGGUCUAAAGCCAAACAGUCCCCCGCGGGUAAGCUUAUCCCAAAGAGCGAGUCUUUUGAACUAAUAUAACCGUUUCCCCUGCGACCUCUCGGCCCCUCGAAGCAUUAAAGAGCCCAACGCAAACCGCCAGAGAAUAGAGCCCCGUAAAGCCACCUCAUCUCCUUCUGUGCUCCCACUAUUAUAACACCAUAUACCCACAGAGAGGCAGAAGAGAGAGAGAGAGAGAGAGGAGGAGGAGGAGGAGGAUGACAAACUUGUAGUUCUAUUAUCUCUCCAUGUACUCCGAGUUUGGUCAGUCUUUCUCUCUAAGCAUGUCUACUGCACAGUUAUGUGCAUCCGAGAAGGACUCCAAUCCCCUCCAAAUAGACUCCACACCAACCUCUCAGGUUCCAUCUCUAGAAGCAGACAAAGAUGCUAGCAGGAGAGAAGGAACAACGGAAGCCGAAGGAGAAGAGAGCAGCCCCGUCCUUCUUCCUCCUUCCUCCUCUUCCUCUUGUUCCUCUGAGCAGGUUGGAGUCGAAGAUGAGAAAGAAGAGAAGAAGAAAGAUGGAAGUGGUAACUCUGUGGAGGUUGGAGUGAAAGAAGAGAAAGAGAUGGAUCGAGGUAAGGAUGUUGGUGAUGAUGGUGAUGAUGAUGGUUAUCACACGCCUACCUCUCCGAGGCAUAGAAUUCCGGAGGCUCGUGUGUGCCCGCCGGCCCCGAAGAAGCCCGCGCAUUUGCUGUACAUGAAGAGGAAGGUAAGGGCCGAUCAGGCUCGACGACGGGUUGAUGAUAUAGAGGGCGAGAUUGGCUCUUUCUGGAGUGCAGAGCUUGAUGAUGCUGCCCCAAGGACCAAGAAGGCUAGGGGAGAAGCUACCAAUGCUUAAUGAUGCUAUGGUGCAUCCAUAACCUAUUUAUAUAUAAAUAUAAUAUAAUAAUAUAUAUUAUAAAAAUACAUGAUUUUUAACUUUUUUGUUACAUUUGCGAUGAUAUGUGAUUAUGGUUUUCAGGAUCCUUCAAAUCCACUUGAGUUCAUACAAGAAUUUUCCUUUUUCUUUUUUUUUUUUGAAGUUCUAUUUGGCUUUCUCGAGGUGGAGAAGCCCAAGAGGAGGCGAAAUAAUAGCUUUUGAAGGUGAGGGAGAGCAGCAACCAAGGAAAGUGUGUGCGAUAAUUAUCUACUCCAGUGCACAAGGUGUUCUUUCCUUGUCAUGAAGCUUAUAUGCGUCUCUCAUUAGAGAUAUUUCUCUUUUCUUUUCUCUCUCUUUAUUUUUUUUUCCUGCGUCUUUGCUCUUCUUUUGUGUAUUGAAUUGGAUGGACUGUGGUCUAAAGUGAGCGGAUGCUUGGCUUUU